UCGCCUCCCCGCCCCGCCGGCCGGCCGGCCCACUCCUCCGCCUCUCUCCCCUCCCCCCCGCCGGUCGGGAUCAGUCAGUGCGAUCCGAAGCGGGGGAGGGGGGGGGCGGCGGCCGAACGAUGUGCGAGAACUGCGCAGACCUGGUGGAGGUGUUAAAUGAAAUAUCCGAUAUAGAAGGUGGUGAUGGACUGCAGCUCAGAAAGGAACAUACUCUCAAAAUAUUUGCUUAUAUCAAUUCCUGGACACAGAGGCAAUGUCUAUGCUGCUUCAAAGAAUAUAAGCAUUUGGAGAUUUUUAACCAAGUAGUGUGUGCACUUAUUAACUUAGUGAUUGCCCAAGUUCAAGUGCUCCGGGACCAGCUUUGUAAACAUUGUACUACUAUUAACAUAGAUUCCACGUGGCAAGAUGAGAGUAAUCAAGCGGAAGAACCACUGAAUGUAGAAAGAGAGUGUAAUGAAGGAAGUACAGAAAGACAAAAAUCAAUAGAAAAAAAAUCAAACUCUACAAGAAUUUGUAAUUUGACUGAGGAGGAAUCUUCAAAGAGCUCUGAUCCUUUUAGUUUAUGGAAUACAGAUGAGAAGGAAAAACUGUUACUAUGUGUGGCAAAAAUUUUUCAAAUUCAGUUUCCCUUAUAUACUGCUUACAAACAUAAUACUCAUCCUACUAUAGAGGAUAUAUCAACCCAAGAAAGCAACAUAUUAGGGGCAUUCUGUGAUAUGAAUGAUGUAGAAGUACCAUUGCAUUUGCUUCGUUAUGUAUGUCUGUUUUGUGGGAAAAAUGGCCUUUCUCUCAUGAAGGACUGCUUUGAAUAUGGAACUCCUGAAACUUUGCCAUUUCUUAUAGCACAUGCAUUUAUUACAGUUGUAUCUAAUAUUAGAAUAUGGCUACAUAUCCCUGCUGUCAUGCAGCACAUUAUCCCUUUUAGGACAUAUGUUAUCAGGUAUUUAUGCAAGCUCUCUGAUCAGGAGUUAAGACAGAGUGCGGCUCGCAACAUGGCUGACUUAAUGUGGAGCACAGUGAAAGAACCAUUGGACACGACGUUAUGCUUUGAUAAAGAAAGCCUAGAUCUUGCAUUUAAGUACUUUAUGUCACCUACUUUGACUAUGAGGUUGGCUGGAUUAAGUCAGAUAACGAAUCAACUUCACACUUUCAAUGAUGUGUGCAAUAAUGAAUCAUUGGUAUCAGACACAGAAACGUCCAUUGCAAAAGAACUUGCAGACUGGCUUAUAAGCAACAAUGUGGUAGAGCAUAUAUUUGGACCAAAUUUACAUAUUGAGAUCAUCAAACAGUGCCAAGUGAUUUUGAAUUUUUUGGCAGCGGAAGGGCGACUGAGUACUCAGCAUAUUGACUGCAUUUGGGCUGCAGCACAGCUGAAACACUGUAGUCGGUAUAUACAUGACUUAUUUCCUUCACUCAUCAAGAAUUUGGAUCCAGUACCACUUAGACACCUUCUUAAUCUGGUCUCAGCUCUUGAACCAAGUGUUCAUACUGAACAGACACUGUACUUGGCAUCGAUGUUAAUUAAAGCAUUGUGGAAUAAUGCGCUAGCAGCUAAGGCCCAGCUAUCUAAACAGAGUUCUUUUGCAUCUUUACUAAACACUAAUCUUCCCAUUGGAAAUAAGAAAGAGGACGAAGAGCUCAGGAGAGCUGCACCAUCACCUUGGUCACCUGCAGCCAGUCCUCAAAGCAGUGAUAACAGCGAUACCCAUCAAAGUGGAGGCAGUGACAUUGAAAUGGAUGAGCAACUUAUUAAUAGAACCAAACAUGUGCAGCAGCGACUUUCAGAUACAGAGGAAUCCAUGCAGGGAAGUUCUGAUGAAACUGCCAACAGUGGUGAAGAUGGAAGCAGUGGUCCUGGUAGCAGUAGUGGACAUAGUGAUGGAUCUAGCAAUGAGGUGAAUUCUAGCCAUGCAAGCCAGUCAGCAGGGAGCCCUGGCAGUGAGGUACAGUCAGAAGACAUUGCAGAUAUUGAAGCCCUUAAAGAAGAAGAUGAAGAUGACGAUCAUGGUCAUAAUCCUUCUAAAAGCAGUUGUGGUACAGAUCAUCGGAACAGGAAAUUAGAAAGUCAAGCAGGCAUUUGCUUAGGGGAUUCCCAAGGUCCAUCAGAAAGAAGUGGGACAAGCAAUGGAACAGGAAAGGACCUGGUUUUUAACACUGAGUCAGUUCCAUCAGUAGAUAAUCGAAUACGAAUGCUAGAUGCCUGUUCACACUCUGAAGACCCAGAACAUGAUAUUUCAGGGGAAAUGAAUGCUGCUCAUAUAGCACAAGCAUCUCAGGAAUCUUGUAUUACACGCACUGGGGACUUUCUUGGGGAGACUAUUGGGAAUGAAUUAUUUAAUUGUCGGCAGUUUAUUGGUCCACAGCAUCACCACCACCACCACCACCAUCAUCACCACCACGAUGGUCAUAUGGUUGAUGAUAUGCUAAGUGCAGAUGAUGUCAGUUGCAGCAGCUCCCAGGUCAGUGCAAAAUCAGAAAAAAAUAUGGCUGAUUUUGAUGGUGAAGAAUCUGGGUGUGAAGAGGAGCUAGUUCAGAUUAAUUCACAUGCAGAGCUAACAUCUCAUCUCCAACAACAUCUUCCCAAUUUAGCAUCUAUUUACCAUGAACAUCUUAGUCAAGGACCUACAGUUCAUAAACAUCAAUUCAGCAGUAAUGCUGUAACAGACAUUAAUUUGGAUAACGUUUGCAAGAAAGGAAACACUUUGUUGUGGGAUAUAGUCCAAGAUGAUGAUGCAGUUAAUCUUUCUGAAGGAUUAAUAAAUGAAGCAGAGAAACUUCUCUGUUCCUUAGUAUGUUGGUUUACGGAUAGACAGAUUCGAAUGAGAUUCAUUGAAGGUUGCCUUGAAAAUUUAGGAAACAACAGAUCAGUAGUAAUUUCACUUCGUCUUCUUCCAAAACUGUUUGGUACUUUUCAGCAGUUUGGGAGCAGUUAUGAUACACAUUGGAUUACAAUGUGGGCAGAAAAAGAACUGAACAUGAUGAAGCUUUUCUUUGAUAAUUUGGUAUACUAUAUUCAAGCUGUAAGAGAAGGAAGACAGAAACAUGCACUGUACAGCCAUAGUGCCGAAGUUCAAGUGCGGCUUCAGUUCUUAACUUGCGUGUUUUCAACUCUGGGAUCUCCUGAUCAUUUCAGGUUAAGUUUGGAGCAAGUUGAUAUUUUAUGGCAUUGUUUAGUAGAAGAUUCUGAGUGUUAUGAUGACGCACUCCAUUGGUUUUUAAAUCAAGUUCGAAGUAAAGAUCAACAUGCUAUGGGAAUGGAAACCUACAAACAUCUUUUCCUGGAGAAGAUGCCCCAGCUAAAACCUGAAACGAUUAGCAUGACUGGCUUAAACCUAUUUCAGCAUCUCUGUAACUUGGCUCGAUUGGCUACCAGUGCCUAUGAUGGUGGUUCAAACUCUGAGCUUUGUGGUAUGGACCAAUUUUGGGGCAUUGCUUUAAGAGCACAGUCUGGGGAUGUCAGUCGAGCAGCUAUCCAGUAUAUUAACUCCUAUUAUAUUAAUGGUAAAACAGGUUUGGAGAAGGAGCAAGAAUUUAUUAGUAAGUGUAUGGAGAGUCUUAUGAUAGCUUCUAGCAGUCUUGAACAGGAAUCACACUCAAGUCUCACUGUUAUAGAAAGAGGACUCCUUAUGCUGAAGACACAUCUGGAAGCAUUUAGGAGAAGGUUUGCAUAUCAUCUCAGACAGUGGCAAAUUGAAGGCACGGGUAUUAGUAGUCAUUUGAAAGCACUGAGUGACAAACAGUCCCUGCCGUUAAGGGUUGUAUGCCAGCCAGCUGGACUCCCUGACAAGAUGACUAUUGAAAUGUAUCCUAGUGACCAGGUAGCAGAUCUUAGGGCUGAAGUAACUCAUUGGUAUGAAAAUUUACAGAAAGAACAAAUAAAUCAACAAGCUCAGCUUCAGGAGUUUGGUCAAAGCAGCCGAAAGGGAGAAUUUCCUGGAGGCCUUAUGGGACCAGUCAGGAUGAUUUCAUCUGGACAUGAAUUAACAACAGAUUAUGAUGAGAAAGCACUUCAUGAGCUUGGUUUUAAGGAUAUGCAGAUGGUAUUUGUAUCUUUGGGUGCACCAAGGAGAGAACGGAAAGGGGAAGGUGUUCAGCUGCCAGCAUCUUGCCUACCACCCCCUCAGAAGGACAACAUUCCGAUGCUUUUGCUUUUACAAGAACCUCAUUUAACUACUCUUUUUGAUUUAUUAGAGAUGCUCGCAUCAUUUAAACCACCCUCAGGAAGAAUGGCAAUUGAAGAUAGUGAGAGCUUAAGAUGUGAAGAACUUCAUCUUCAUGCAGAAAACCUCUCUAGGCGUGUAUGGGAGCUACUGAUGCUUCUUCCUACAUGUCCUAACAUGUUGAUGGCAUUCCAGAAUAUCUCAGAUGAACAGUGUAAUGAUGGACUUAAUUGGAAAGAACUGCUCAAAAUUAAGAGUGCUCACAAGCUAUUAUAUGCCCUGGAAAUUAUUGAAGCACUGGGAAAACCUAACAGAAGAAUAAGAAGAGAGUCAACGGGAAGUUAUAGUGAUCUUUAUCCAGAUUCAGAUGAUUCAAGUGAGGAUCAAGUGGAAAAUAGUAAAAAUUCCUGGAGUUGCAAGUUUGUUGCUGCUGGAGGGCUUCAACAGUUAUUAGAAAUUUUUAAUUCUGGAAUUCUAGAGCCAAAAGAGCAGGAAUCCUGGACUGUGUGGCAGCUAGACUGUCUUGCUUGCUUGCUGAAGUUAAUAUGCCAGUUUGCAGUAGAUCCAUCCGAUUUGGAUUUAGCUUAUCAUGAUGUCUUUGCCUGGUCUGGUAUAGCAGAAAGCCAUAGGAAAAGAACAUGGCCUGGCAAAUCGAGAAAGGCUGCUGGUGAUCAUGCCAAGGGUCUUCAUAUACCAAGAUUAACAGAGGUAUUUCUUGUUCUUGUCCAAGGAACCAGUUUGAUUCAGCGACUUAUGUCUGUUGCUUAUACGUAUGAUAAUCUGGCUCCUAGAGUUUUGAAAGCUCAGUCUGAUCACAGGUCUAGACAUGAAGUUUCACAUUAUUCAAUGUGGCUCUUGGUGAGUUGGGCUCAUUGCUGUUCUUUAGUGAAAUCUAGCCUUGCUGACAGUGAUCAUUUACAAGAUUGGCUAAAGAAAUUGACUCUCCUUAUUCCUGAGACUGCAGUCCGUCAUGAAUCUUGCAAUGGUCUUUAUAAGUUAUCUCUGUCAGGGCUGGAUGGAGGAGACUCAAUCAAUCGCUCUUUUCUGCUACUGGCUGCCUCAACAUUGCUGAAAUUUCUUCCAGAUGCUCAAGCACUCAAACCUAUUAGGAUAGAUGAUUAUGAAGAAGAACCAAUGUUAAAACCUGGAUGUAAAGAAUAUUUUUGGUUGUUGUGCAAAUUAGUUGACAACAUACAUAUAAAGGAUGCUAGUCAGACAACACUCCUCGACCUGGAUGCUUUGGCACGACAUUUAGCUGACUGUAUUCGAAGCAGGGAGAUCCUUGAUCAUCAAGAUGGGAAUAUAGAAGAUGAUGGGCUUACAGGACUCCUAAGGCUUGCAACAAGUGUUAUUAAACACAAACCACCCUUUAAAUUUUCAAGGGAAGGACAGGAAUUUUUAAGAGAUAUCUUCAAUCUCCUGUUUUUGUUGCCUAGUCUAAAAGAUAGACAACAGCCAAAGUGCAAAUCACAUUCUUCGAGAGCUGCUGCUUAUGAUUUGUUAGUGGAGAUGGUAAAGGGAUCUGUCGAAAACUACAGAUUAAUACAUAACUGGGUUAUGGCACAACACAUGCAGUCUCAUGCACCUUAUAAAUGGGACUACUGGCCUCAUGAAGAUGUCCGUGCUGAGUGUAGAUUUGUUGGCCUGACUAACCUUGGAGCUACUUGUUACUUGGCUUCUACUAUUCAGCAACUUUACAUGAUACCCGAGGCAAGACAGGCUGUCUUCACUGCUAAGUAUUCUGAAGAUAUGAAGCACAAGACCACUCUCCUGGAGCUUCAAAAAAUGUUUACAUAUUUAAUGGAGAGUGAAUGCAAAGCAUAUAAUCCUAGACCCUUUUGUAAAACAUACACCAUGGAUAAGCAGCCUCUGAACACUGGGGAGCAGAAAGAUAUGACAGAGUUUUUUACUGAUCUGAUUACUAAAAUUGAAGAAAUGUCUCCAGAACUGAAAAAUACUGUCAAAAGUUUGUUUGGAGGUGUAAUUACAAACAAUGUUGUAUCCUUGGAUUGUGAACAUGUUAGUCAGACUGCUGAAGAGUUUUACACCGUGAGGUGCCAGGUGGCUGAUAUGAAGAACAUUUAUGAAUCUCUUGAUGAAGUUACUAUUAAAGAUACUUUAGAAGGUGACAACAUGUAUACUUGUUCUCAUUGUGGGAAGAAAGUACGAGCUGAAAAAAGAGCAUGUUUUAAGAAAUUGCCUCGGAUUCUGAGUUUCAAUACUAUGAGGUAUACAUUUAAUAUGGUCACGAUGAUGAAAGAGAAAGUGAACACACACUUUUCCUUCCCAUUACGUUUGGAUAUGACACCCUAUACAGAAGAUUUUCUGAUGGGAAAGAGUGACAGGAAAGAAGGUUUCAAGGAAGUCAGUGAUCAUUCAAAAGACGCAGAGAGCUAUGAGUAUGACUUGAUAGGAGUGACUGUUCACACAGGAACAGCAGAUGGUGGACACUAUUACAGCUUCAUUAGAGAUAUAGUCAAUCCUCAUGCUUAUAAAAACAAUAAAUGGUAUCUUUUUAAUGAUGCUGAGGUAAAACCUUUUGAUUCUGCUCAACUUGCCUCUGAAUGUUUUGGUGGAGAGAUGACGACCAAGACCUAUGAUUCUGUUACAGAUAAAUUUAUGGAUUUCUCCUUUGAAAAGACACACAGUGCUUAUAUGCUGUUUUACAAACGCAUGGAACCAGAGGAAGAAAAUGGCAAAGAAUACAAAUUUGAUGUUUCAUCUGAAUUACUAGAGUGGAUUUGGCAUGAUAACAUGCAGUUUCUUCAAGACAAAAACAUUUUUGAACAUACAUAUUUUGGGUUUAUGUGGCAGUUGUGUAGUUGUAUUCCCAGUACAUUACCAGAUCCUAAAGCUGUGUCCUUAAUGACAGCAAAGUUAAGCACUUCCUUUGUCCUAGAGACAUUUAUUCAUUCAAAAGAAAAGCCCACAAUGCUUCAGUGGAUUGAACUGUUGACCAAACAAUUUAAUAAUAGUCAAGCAGCUUGUGAGUGGUUUUUGGACCGCAUGGCUGAUGAUGAUUGGUGGCCAAUGCAGAUACUAAUUAAGUGCCCUAAUCAAAUUGUGAGACAGAUGUUUCAGCGUUUGUGUAUCCAUGUGAUUCAGAGACUUAGACCUGUGCAUGCUCAUCUCUAUCUACAGCCAGGAAUGGAAGAUGGGUCUGAUGAUAUGGAUGCUUCAGUAGAAGAUAUAGGUGGUCGUUCAUGUGUCACUCGAUUUGUGAGAACUCUGUUAUUAAUCAUGGAACAUGGUGUAAAGCCUCACAGUAAACAUCUUACAGAAUAUUUUGCCUUCCUUUAUGAAUUUGCCAAAAUGGGUGAAGAAGAGAGCCAGUUUUUGCUUUCACUGCAAGCCAUAUCUACAAUGGUACAUUUUUACAUGGGAACCAAAGGACCUGAAAAUCCUCAAGUUGAAGUGUUGUCAGAGGAAGAAGGGGAAGAAGAGGAGGAGGAAGAAGAUAUACUCUCUCUGGCAGAAGAAAAAUACAGGCCAGCUGCUCUUGAAAAAAUGAUAGCUUUAGUUGCUCUUUUGGUUGAACAGUCUCGCUCAGAAAGGCAUUUGACAUUAUCACAGACUGACAUGGCGGCAUUAACAGGAGGAAAGGGAUUUCCCUUCUUGUUUCAACAUAUUCGUGAUGGCAUCAAUAUAAGACAAACUUGUAAUCUGAUUUUCAGCCUUUGUCGAUACAAUAAUCGACUUGCAGAACAUAUUGUAUCUAUGCUUUUCACAUCAAUAGCAAAAUUGACUCCUGAGGCAGCCAAUCCUUUCUUUAAAUUGUUGACUAUGCUAAUGGAGUUUGCUGGUGGACCUCCAGGAAUGCCUCCCUUUGCAUCUUACAUUCUGCAGAGGAUAUGGGAGGUAAUUGAAUACAAUCCUUCUCAGUGUCUGGAUUGGUUGGCAGUGCAGACACCCCGAAAUAAACUGGCACACAGCUGGGUCCUACAGAAUAUGGAAAACUGGGUCGAGCGGUUUCUUUUGGCUCACAAUUAUCCUAGAGUCAGGACUUCUGCAGCUUAUCUUCUGGUGUCCCUUAUACCAAGCAAUUCAUUCCGCCAGAUGUUCCGGUCAACAAGGUCUUUGCACAUCCCAACCCGUGACCUUCCACUCAGUCCAGACACAACAGUAGUCCUACAUCAGGUCUACAACGUGCUCCUUGGUUUGCUCUCAAGAGCCAAACUUUAUGUUGAUGCUGCUGUUCAUGGCACUACAAAGCUAGUGCCCUAUUUUAGCUUUAUGACUUACUGUUUAAUUUCCAAAACUGAGAAGCUGAUGUUUUCCACAUAUUUCAUGGAUUUGUGGAACCUUUUCCAGCCUAAACUUUCUGAGCCAGCAAUAGCCACAAAUCACAAUAAACAGGCUUUGCUUUCAUUUUGGUACAAUGUGUGUGCUGACUGUCCAGAGAAUAUCCGCCUUAUUGUUCAGAACCCAGUGGUAACCAAGAACAUUGCCUUCAAUUACAUCCUUGCUGACCAUGAUGAUCAGGAUGUGGUGCUUUUUAACCGUGGGAUGCUGCCUGCCUACUACGGCAUUCUGAGGCUCUGCUGUGAACAGUCUCCUGCAUUUACACGACAACUGGCUUCUCACCAGAACAUUCAGUGGGCCUUUAAGAAUCUUACACCACAUGCCAGCCAAUACCCUGGAGCAGUAGAAGAACUAUUUAACCUGAUGCAGCUGUUCAUAGCUCAGAGGCCAGAUAUGAGAGAAGAAGAAUUGGAAGAUAUUAAACAGUUUAAGAAAACAACCAUAAGUUGUUACUUACGUUGCUUAGACGGCCGCUCCUGCUGGACUACUUUAAUAAGUGUUCUGUUCAGAUUCAGAGUUCUCAAACUGGACUCUGUAUUUUCUAGUGCCUUCAGAAUACUAUUAGAAUCUGAUGAAGACAGACUUCUUGUUGUAUUUAAUCGAGGGUUGAUCCUGAUGACUGAGUCUUUCAACACACUGCACAUGAUGUAUCAUGAAGCCACAGCUUGCCACGUGACUGGAGACUUAGUAGAACUUCUGUCAAUAUUCCUUUCAGUUUUGAAGUCUACUCGCCCAUAUCUUCAGAGAAAAGAUGUGAAACAAGCAUUAAUCCAGUGGCAGGAGCGAAUUGAAUUUGCCCAUAAACUGUUAACUCUUCUUAAUUCCUAUAGCCCUCCAGAACUUAGAAAUGCCUGUAUAGAUGUCCUCAAGGAACUUGUGCUUUUGAGUCCCCAUGACUUUCUUCAUACUCUGGUUCCAUUUCUACAACACAACCAUUGUACUUACCAUCACAGUAAUAUACCAAUGUCUCUUGGACCUUAUUUCCCUUGUCGAGAAAAUAUCAAGCUAAUAGGAGGGAAAAGCAAUAUUCGGCCUCCGCGCCCUGAACUCAAUAUGUGCCUCUUGCCCACAAUGGUGGAAACCAGUAAGGGCAAAGAUGACGUUUAUGAUCGUAUGCUGCUAGACUACUUCUUUUCUUAUCAUCAAUUCAUCCAUCUAUUAUGCCGAGUUGCAAUCAACUGUGAAAAAUUUACUGAAACAUUAGUUAAGCUGAGUGUCCUAGUUGCCUAUGAAGGCUUGCCACUUCAUCUUGCACUGUUCCCCAAACUUUGGACUGAGCUAUGCCAGACUCAGUCGGCUAUGUCAAAAAACUGCAUCAAGCUUUUGUGUGAAGAUCCCGUUUUUGCAGAAUAUAUAAAAUGUAUCCUAAUGGAUGAAAGAACUUUCCUGAACAACAACAUUGUCUACACAUUCAUGACACACUUUCUUCUAAAGGUUCAAGGUCAGGUGUUUUCUGAAGCAAACUGUGCCAAUUUGAUCAGCACCCUUAUUACAAACUUGAUAAAUCAGUAUCAGAAUCUGCAGUCUGAUUUCACCAACAGAGUUGAAAUUUCCAAAGCAAGUGCUGCUUUAAAUGGGGACUUGCGGGCACUUGCUUUGCUCCUGUCGGUACACACUCCCAAACAAUUAAACCCAGCUCUAAUUCCUACUCUGCAAGAGCUUUUAAGCAAAUGCAGGACUUGUCUGCAGCAGAGAAACUCACUCCAAGAGCAAGAAGCCAAAGAAAGAAAAACUAAAGAUGAUGAAGGGGCAACUCCUGUUAAAAGAAGGCGCGUUAGCAGUGACGAGGAGCACACUGUAGACAGCUGCAUCAGUGACAUGAAAACGGAGACCAGGGAGGUCCUGACCCCAACUAGCACUUCAGACAAUGAGACAAGAGACUCCUCAAUUAUCGACCCAGGAACUGAGCAAGAUCUUCCUUCCCCUGAAAAUAGUUCUGUUAAAGAAUACCGAAUGGAAGUUCCAUCUUCGUUUUCAGAAGACACGUCAAAUAUCAGGUCACAGCAUGCGGAAGAACAGUCCGACAAUGUUAGAUUUGAAGACUGUAAAGAAUUUAAAGACCUCCACUGUUCCAAGGAUUCUACCCUUGCUGAGGAAGAAUCUGAGUUCCCUUCGACUUCUCUCUCUGCAGUUCUGUCUGACUUAGCUGACUUGAGAAGCUGUGACGGUCAAGCUUUGCCCUCCCAGGACCCUGAGGCUGCUUUAUCACUCAGUUGUGGCCAUUCCAGAGGACUCUUUAGUCACAUGCAGCAGCACGACAUUUUAGAUACCCUGUGUAGGACCAUUGAAUCUACAAUCCAUGUGGUCACGAGGAUAUCUGGCAAAGGAAACCAAGCUGCUUCUUGACAUUAGAUGUAGCAUGUCUACUUUUAAGGUCACCCCUCACCCCCAAUGCUGUUUGUAUAAGUUUUGCUUAUUUCUGUUUUUGUGCUUCAGUUUGUCCAGUGCUCUCUGCUUGAAUGGCAAGAUAGAUUUAUAGGCUUAAUUCUUGGUCAGGCAGAACUUCAGAUGAAAAAAUUUGCAUCUUCAGUAUACUUUCUAAAGGGCAAUCAGAUAAUGAAUAUGUUUUAUGUAAUUAAGAGUUCACUGUAGUGGCUUUCAUUUAAUAUGGCUGUCUGGGAGGAACAGGGUUCCCUGGCCCUGUACAAUGUAAUUUAAACUUAACAGCAUUUUUACUGUGUAUAAUAUGGUGUCCUCUGUGCCAGUUUUGUACCUUAUAAUAGAGGCAGAUUGCCUCCGAUCGCUGUGGUUCUUAUUAUCAAAAUUAAGUUUACUUGUAUACGGAACAACCACAAGAAAUUUGAUUCUGUAAAGAAUCCUCUUUAGCUGUGGCCUGGCAGUAUAUAAAUGGUGCUUUAUUUAACAGAAUACCUGUGGAGGAAAUAAAGCACACUUGAUGUAAAAAUAAUUGUUUUAUUUUUAUUGACAUGACUGAUUGCUAUUCUGUGCACUUAAUUAAACUGAUUGUGAUGACUU